AUGUUGGAACUGGUUCAGUAAGAUUAUCAUCUUUUCUUGGUGUCCUCGUGAGUCAAUUCAUUCCGGUUACAAUUUCUGAUUGGAGAGAAGUUGAUGCAGCGACUAAAGAAACAUUGUGGGAACAAAUUCAGGGGAGGUUUGACAUGGAAGAAGAAUGGAAAAAAGCUGUUAUUAUGAAGCAAAUGUGUAAUAUCUUUAGGGGUAUGAAGUCAAGGCUAGUGACAAAAGUACGUGCUGCUGAGACAGCUGCUGAUAUACUAGCUUUAAAACCCAGCAACAUCCCAUCCAUUCAAGUGUGGAACUCUUGGGUUAAGAGCAAGACUAGCAAAGCUUUUACGGAAGUAAGUAACAAGAUGAGGAAGUUGAGACAUGAUCAGAUUCCUCAAACCUCCAGCCGCAAAGGAUUGGUUCGUUUAGCUGAUGAUAUGAAAAAAAAGAGUUCAAACCCAAGUAAGGUGACUAGGACUAAGGUAUGGUUAGCGGGACACACUCAUGCUGAUGGUAGACCUGUGAAGCCUCAAUUUGCUGAGACUAUUGUAAGAAUUCUGGAACUUGUUAUAUUCACCCUUGAUCUGUAUCGCUGA